AUGUUUCUCAAGUCCCUGACCCCCGGCCUACGCGGCGCCUCGCUCGGUCUCAUCGCAGCGCUGGGCAUAUGCCUUAUUCUGAAUAUGGGCACCCUCGUCUUCUCCCUGCACAUCCUGACGCGCGGGUCAGGAGGACACUCCUACCUCGAGGGUGAUCGACCACGCGAGCUGCCACUCAAGGUGCGCACCAUCCAGACCUCCUUCCGCGACGACCCCUCUCACUACGGCAUGGAAGGCGCCGCAGCGACAGCUGAGUGGAACGCCAUACGUCCCCCGGGGAAGGGCUUCGUAUUCCUGGGGGAGGAACGUUUGGCCUUUGGCGUGUCCAUGUGGCACCAGAUGCACUGCCUGAACCACAUCCGCGCGGUGCUCGUCAAAGGCGACGACGGGUCAGAUCACACGGCCCACUGCUUCCACUACCUGCGGCAGGGGAUCCUCUGCGCCGCAGACACGACCCUGGAGCCGGGCGGCACGAGCACGAAGCUGCCCAAUGGGGACAAGGUCGCCGCCGCGGCGGGGACUGUGCAUACCUGCCGGGAUUGGAAGCAGGUGUACGACUGGAUGGGGAAGCAGCACGAGGGAUGGACGCCGGAGAUGUACGAGAGGUUCCAAGAGGCUAGUUGA